AUGUAUCUUGGAAAACGAGAUCAGUUUAUUUCACUAUUUUGGAUCAACCGAAAAUGGGUGUUGCAAACUGAAAUUGAAUGUGAUGAUCUUAUAUAUUCAAUUCAUCCUUACAAUAAAUGUAAAUGGUAUGACUAUGGCAGACAAGACACGUUGUCUAAAUCCAUACGACUUAUUAUUGAUAACCCUUAUCUUGAAAAAUGGUAUAAACCAAUAUUUCUCAAUCAGUCUAUAAAUCAUGCAUUAACUGUAACACAAAUUGAUCAUUUGGAAAUUCGAACACAACUUACAAUUAUUAUAUUAAAUGAAAUUUUACAUAUGUUACCUGAAGUUAAUUCAUUAAAAAUUAGUUCUUUAUGCGCUUCACGAGUAGGAUAUUUAACGGAGGAAGAACUUGAUUUUUCUUCUUUUUUAUCAACUAAAACUCAAAUUAGAAAAAUUUAUCUUGAAAAUAUAACUACAAUGGAAGAAAUAUGUGUGCUGAAUUUAAUUUGUUCUUCUAUUAAUCAUCUUCAAAUUGACUGUAUUGAUUAUAUGCAUGCUGAUAUAUUAGUACGAAUUAUUUUAUCAGAAAUUCGAAUGAAACCUGAUCAUUCACUUCGAUUCUUAUGUCUUUGUGUUCCAUCAGCGAAUGAUCAUAUGGUUAAAGAAUUAGAAAAAUUGAUUGUUAUUCUUGAUCUUGUUGAUUUUAUGGUUGAACGUGUAAUGGAUAACAUUUAUUUGAAAUGGAAAUAA